AUGAUGGGUAUUCCGGUUUCUACUUUAAAGACUAUUAUUCAUGCUCGUCAAAAAAUUGAGGAACAUGCUAAAGCCUGCAGAUCUUCGUCAUCAAAGAAAAUGCGAGUGCAGGAGGGUAAAUUUCCUGAAAUGGAGAAGGUUUUGGUCCAAUUUUUCAAUCCGUGUCGUGCGUCAAAUAUUCCAGUAAAUGGUCCAGUGUUGAUGGAAAAAGCUAAAGAAAUCGCCAUGAAAUUGAAUCUCACAGAUAGCGGCUUUACAGCAGGAUGGUUGCAGAAAUUCAAAGCUUGGAACGGGUUCACGUGUCACGUUGUAAGUGGUGAAUCAAAAAUUGUUCCAGCUGAUUCUGUCGCAGAAGGGCGCAAAAAUUUGCGAAGCUUAAUAUGUGAGUACCUAACUAAAGACAUUUUUAAUGCCAACGAGGCGGGUCUUUUUUAUCAUCUAAUGCCGAAUAGGAUGUUAGCUUAUGAAGACAAAAAAUGUAAAGGAGGGGAAAAAAGCAAAGAUCGCCUUACUGUGCUGCUUUGUGUAAACUCUGAUGGAAAAGAUCACUCUUUUGGUGGUAGGAAAAUCAAAAAAUCCCACAUCCCAGAUGUCUAA